AUGGCUGUGCUCGAAGUCAGCGGAACGCUCGCUGAUCGUUACCACCCCGUGAAUCCAGCGUUGCGUUCCGCCACCGUACCCAACGCAGAAGAGCUGAAACCCCAGUACUGGGCCCAACAAGCGGAGCAAGCCAUCAAAGCGCGCUCGACGCUAGCUGAACCCCGCGGUGAAGCGCGUAAUGUGAUCUUGUUUCUAGGUGACGGCAUGUCCGUGCCGACACUCGCUGCAGCGCGCAUCUACUCCGGCCAGCAGAGAGGCGCCACCGGGGAGGAGACCGAGCUGUUCUUCGAGUCUUUUCCAACCACAGGCUUACUAAAAACAUACUGCGCCAACAGUCAGGUGGGUGAUUCCGCGUGCACGGCUACUGCUUAUCUCUGCGGUGUAAAAACUAAUUCAGGAUGUAUCGGCGUGAGCGCGGCCGUGAAUCGCGGUGACUGCGCGGCCGCAAGGGUAUCAGCAAACCAAGUUCAGUCUAUUGGAGAAUGGGCGCUUGAAGACGGGCGUGAUGUUGGAUUGGUGACUACAGCCCGGGUGACGCAUGCAUCACCGUCUGGCAUGUACGCCAAGGUGCCGGAACGUGCAUGGGAGAAUGACGUGGCGGUCAAAAAGGCCGGACACAAGAACAUCACUUGCCCAGACAUUGCGUACCAACUCGUGCACAUGAAUCCAGGCAAUAAAUUUAAGGUAAUUUUAGGAGGAGGCCGGCGCAACUUUUUACCAGUAUGUGUUAUAGAUGAAGAAGGUUUUCGGGGUAUACGAAAAGACGGCCAAAAUUUAAUAGAAGAUUGGCAACAAUCCAAGGCGAGACUUAACGCUACGUAUAAGUAUAUUUGGAACCGGGACCAGUUAAUAACCACUAACAAUGAUUUACCUCAAUACUUAUUGGGCUUGUUCGAGGCCAGCCAUAUGCAAUUUAAUUUGGUUAUGAACAAAACCACGGAACCGACACUUGCUGAGCUAACAGAGACUGCCAUUAAAAUUCUUAGACGCAAUAAUAAAGGCUUCUUCCUAUUCGUGGAGGGCGGGCGCAUCGACCACGGCCACCACGACAACCGCGUCCAGUUCGCGCUAGAUGAGACCGUGCAGUUGAGCGAGGCCGUAAAGCGUGCCGCCGGCCUGCUGUCCCAAGACGACACGCUCAUCGUGGUCACAGCUGACCACGCGCACGUUAUGUCCAUUAAUGGCUAUUCAAACCGGGGUCACGAUAUUCUCGGCAUUUCUAGGAAUACAGAUACCAACAAAGCACCAUAUAUGACACUUUCUUAUACUAACGGACCGGGCUUUUAUAAUCUGACAGGAAAUGGAGUUAGGCCGGAUGUCACUAAGCUGCAAAACUUUGGUAAGUAA